CGCAAAAGUUCCUUGUAUGCGAUCGUAGCAAUGAUAUGAGACUUAUUUCCUUUCAAUCCUCCAUCGCCACACCUGAACGUCUGACAUUUCUCUCUCUCCUUGUAGUGCCGCUUCUGUACAUGCUUCUCUCCCAAUUCGCUUUUCGACUGCUGCAACCACCACGCCUGAUGCGACUAGCCCAAAUGGCUGCUCAUCUCUCGACCAGCGCCACGAACACCUCUGCUAGAUCUGCUGCGUCUAUACGCGAGAUACCCAAGUCCAAUGUAUUCACUUCGCACCUGCCACCUGAUGAAAAGUUCCCGACCCCACAAUCUUCGCAUUCCGCCACUCGUGAGAAGCUUGGUCCCCGUAUAGUCAAGAAUGCCAUGUAUACAUUCAUACGGCCCGAGGGCACACAGGAUCCUGAGCUUUUGGCAGUUAGCAAAGCAGCGCUAAAAGACCUGGGAAUUCAAGAAGACGACGUAAAGAGUCCGGACUUUUUGGACACGGUCAGUGGGAACAAGAUCAUAGCAUGGGAUGAGGAAAAGCAGGAAGGCGUGUAUCCGUGGGCGCAGUGCUAUGGAGGCUAUCAGUUUGGCCAGUGGGCUGGACAGCUCGGUGAUGGUCGUGCGAUAUCGUUAUUCGAGACUACAAAUCCAGCUGGUACGCGAUAUGAGGUGCAGCUCAAGGGUGCUGGCAUGACCCCGUACUCAAGAUUCGCCGAUGGCAAAGCAGUGUUUCGGUCGAGCUUGAGGGAGUUUGUAGUCUCGGAGUAUCUAAACGCAAUCGGUAUCAAGUCUACGCGUGCGUUGUCGCUGACAUAUGCCCCGAAAGCGAGGGUUGUUCGCGAGCGCAUCGAGCCUGGUUCGAUAGUCGCUCGAUUUGCACAAACUUGGCUACGACUGGGGACGUUUGAUCUCCUGCGUGCAAGAGGUGAUCGCAAACUAUUAAGACAACUUGCCGACUAUGUCGCAGAGCACGUAUUUGGUGGAUGGGACAACCUCCCGGCAAAGCUUCCGGCAGGAGAGGUUGAGACGACGGCCACACAAGCAAUCUCAGGGGUAUCCAAAGACACCAUUGAAGGUGCUGGCAAAGAUGCUGAAAACAGGUAUACGCGCCUCUAUCGUCACAUUGUCCGCUUGAAUGCGCAAACAGUUGCAUGGUGGCAGGCAUACGGCUUCAUGAACGGCGUGCUAAACACUGAUAAUACCUCCGUGCUCGGACUAUCCAUCGACUUCGGUCCCUUUGCAUUCAUGGACCAGUUCGACCCAUCUUACACACCCAACCACGACGACCAUAUGCUCCGAUAUAGCUAUCGCAAUCAACCAACGAUAAUAUGGUGGAACCUCGUCCGCACUGGCGAAGCCUUUGGUGAGCUCAUCGGCUCCGGCGCGCAAUGCGACGACCAGGAAUUUGUUGACGAAGGUGUGCGCAAGGAAGCGGCAGAUGAGCUAGUCAGCCGUGCGGAGAACCUGAUUGAGAAGAUUGGCGAGGAAUUCAAAGCCGUCUUUAUGGCGGAGUACAAGAAGCUGAUGACGGCUCGAUUGGGGCUGAAGACGCAGACCGAAGGCGAUUUCAAGGAGCUGUACUCGGAGCUGCUGGAUGCCAUGGAAGCGCUGGAACUCGAUUUCAAUCAGACCUUCAGAUGUCUCUCGGGCGUAAGGCUGGCUGAUGUUGCGGACGACGAGAAGCGGAAAGAGACUGCGAAGGGAUUCUUCCACCCUGACGGCGUCGGCGCUGGCAACAAGAUCGAAGACGGGCAGGUGCGGCUUAGCAAAUGGCUCGAGAAAUGGUCGAAGCGUGUUAUCGAGGAUUGGGGUGAGGGCAAGGAUGCAGAGAGGUCUGCAGAGAUGAGAAUGGUCAAUCCAAAGUUCGUUCCCCGGUCAUGGAUAUUGGACGAAAUCAUCGAGCGAGUCGAGAAGCAAGGCGAACGCGGCGAUCUGCUGGAAGGCACGAUGAAAAUGGCACUGAACCCCUUUGAAGACUCGUGGAGCUGGGACAAUGCCACCGAAGAGCGAUGGUGUGGUCCGGUACCCAAGUAUAAAGGGUUGACGCAAUGCAGUUGUAGCUCCUGAUUCUGAGGCAGCUGGGUUGUGUUUAUACUGUAAUGCCGUGAAAAUACCAGUCUAAGAUUGCGAUAGUGCGGCUUUCUCAGUCUUUCUCAUUACUCCUAGGCCGUGCCCAUUUAUACUGUAAAUGUACGACCAUAUGGAUGUGGUAUCGAUCUGUAGGUCAGCGUGUAUAUAUAAUAUUAUGAGUACAUGAUAAUGUAGGCAUGUGAGUAAAU